UAGAUAGAUAGAUAGAUAGAUAGAUAGAUAGAUAGAUAGAUAGAUAGAUAGAUAGAUUUGGCUCAAGCGAUCUAAACGAGAGCACAAAUAGAUGUAUACAUACAUACCAACAGACACACACACACACACACACACAUCAUGGGACAUUGUGCCCUAUACAGCAGGUGGCAAUAGUUUUUGGAUUCGACCAGUUUACUGGACCACACGACUUUAUUGAUAGUUGAACAACUAAACAUUUCGAAACACUUUGAGAGAGGGAGAGGGAGAGAGAUUGUUUGUGUGUGUGGGUGAGACAGAGGAGUGAGACAAGUUACUAUAUCAGGGUGAGGGGUAAAUUAGCCCCCUCGACUCUGCCCGCAGCCCCUUCCUCCCACUCGCAUGAUGUCGGCUUCACGUUCCUUAUAAAGUCAAUGUUACUAAGAGGCGUGUGCAGUGACACCAUGUUCUCUGUACUGGUACCUACUGUACACUGGACUACAUCUAAAUGUAUACAGGCUGGACCUUUGUGUGGGAUGUUGCCAACGUGAAUUCUGUUCCAACGAGUAAAAUUAUCUACCCUUGGAGCGUGUGCCCAGAGACGAACACCAAAUAUUACAAAUAACGUCAUUCCAUUGAUUCUCAGUGGCUGUGUGACGUCAAGCCUAAUCGCCAGUGACAAUAAGAUAGAUACCAAGGACAACAGCUGUCUUCGUAAACUGAGUAGAAUCUAGAGCUACUAUUUCGCUGAGAAAAGUUCAUAUAUAUCUACUGGUCGCUGAAACAUCACCCUAUUUUAUAGAGACAUUUUCAGUGAAUCUCUGGAACGCUUUCUGUGUUAAUACAGUCGAAGUCUAAACAAAACAAAAUGCAUGUGGAAAUUUCCGUAGCGUUGAAUUUCGUCAUCUCGUACCUUUACAACAAGCUUCCCAGAAGACGCGUAGAUCUUUUCGGGGAAGAGCUCGAGGUCGGGCUGAAAGAGAAAUUUCAAGGCCAUUGGUACCCUGAGCAGCCCUCCAAAGGCUCUGGAUUCAGAUGUCUUAAAGGCAAUGGAGACGAAGUAGAUCCAGUGUUGGUCUACGCUGCCGUGAAAGCCGGGCUUGAUAUAACCGAGGUCAGGAGCUAUCUUCCUGAGGAUCUUACCUUGUGGAUUGACCCAUCAGAGGUCAGCUAUAAAAUUGGAGAGAAAGGUCCUGUUAAGGUCUUGUAUUCUGACCGUAAAGAUGAGGAGAGCAACGAGAAUGUAGACAGGGAGGUGCAGGCCGCCAGCAGGACCUUCAACCCUGAAGCUCAAACCUUCACCCCAGAGUCCCACCAGGCCUUUACGCCAGACCUUUUGGCUUUCACUCCAGAUGUUGCAGCAUUCUGCUCAGAUUCGACCCAGUCCUUUCAGCCCAUCGAUUCCCUUUCGUCUUCUCUAUCCAACUUGAGUCUCUCUCCAUCUUCCCCUGUUCCUCCUGGCACCUGGAGCACAGCUACAUCCCCAUCUUCCAACCUCUUCAGUUCGGCCAUGGCGUCACCCAACAUUGUUCCGCCCUCGCUCGUAGGGCCGAGAGCAGGAAACUUACACCGACAGCACAUGACAGCCGCCAUGUUCGCCCAGACCAAAUUUGGUUCCACAAAGCUGAAAACUCAAGUGAAACGCCCCAAUCGACUGUCCCCCACAGAGUUCGGUAACUACUUUAAGCAGCAACAGAGGAGUUAUGCCGGUCCUCAGCGGCCCAGAUCUCUUUCACCGCGUGACCCGAGAGUAGAAUUCCUGCUGGAUCAGCAACAGAGGAUGUUACAACAACAGCAGCAGCAGAUGUCUCCUUCGUUACCGUACGGACCACAAUUCCAUCUCCAGCAACAGCAGCUGUCUCCAACAAGUCUCUACCCUGAAAUGUAUCGCUCAUCAGCAUUGUCGUCUGCUCACUCCUCCCCACACCUGUCCCCGCAUCUUUCCCCUGCAGGCAACGGUCCUACUUUCAAAGACCUCAUCCAGUCCAACCCGAACCUAAGCACCAUCCCUUCUUCCCCUCUGAACCCAAUAUCUAGACCCAGUUCCCUGAACCCAAUAUCUAGACCCAGUUCCCUGAACCCAAUAUCUAGACCCAGUUCCCUGACUAAUCUCAGACGACCAACCGGCUUCCCCAGCCUCAACUCGCCCUUGUCCAACAGCUCGUCGCACACUGGCUCUCUGGGCAAGAUGAACAUGUUCUCCCCAGAAGGUCACAAGUCCUUCACGGACGGCUUCAAUGUUGCUUCCGUGAAUUAUUCCAACAAUGUGCAGCACCUGCUUAUGGCCAACUAACUUUCCAAGGAAUCCCACACCAUAUCCUAGCACAUAGAAACAACAUAUGAUAUUAGUCUUCGCCGUUUUCAGGUGGGCUCAAAACUCUUCACAGGAAAUACCUGGAUCAGUUACAGAUCUUUUCACACUUUUUAAUGAACUAGGCAUCCAUUGAUAAACAUUAGUAUCAGCUUAAGGCAUUUCGGUAGUUAGACUUAUCCAUGUAUUUUAUUCUGCUACAAUCUCUUCCAAUCCUUCAAGUCAACACCAUUCAGCCAUUCUUCCAUUUGUAGUCCACUAGAACCACAGACCCUAACUGCUUUAUGCUGACACAAGACCUUCAUCUUUAUUAUAAUAUAAAAUACAUUUUCCAAUAGUCAAUUUGUAGUUGAAAUAGUGUACAUUUUAUGUCUUUUGUUACUAAACCAUUGUAAGUACUGACCUCAUCCUAUAUUUAUACCUUUCAUUUUUUUUUAUUUUGUAUCCUUCCUUUUUACCCAAAUCGUAUUUUUUAAAUGUACUUUUGUGUAAUUUAAUUCACCAUUUAACCAUAAAAAAUUUGCUUGGUUAUGGUUUAACAAAGUUUUCAAAUUGCUAAUUUUUUAUUUUUAUUUAUAUUUUUUUUUUUUUUUUGUAUUGCUUGUUGCCUUGUGUUAUAUGCAGCACAUAGAAAUAUAAAAAAUAUGAAUUUUUGUACUGAUAUAAAUAUAUUUUUUAAACUUUUUUUCAAGUUCUGUGUUAUUCCCAUUUCUUGAAAUGUGUUGGACAUGAGCGGCUUGUUGAGUAGCCGGCUUUUUGUGCUGCCGGCUUUUUGUGCUGCCGUGUUCUAAGCUAGUAAUGAUCAAUUGUUUUGUUGUAGGCCAAUAUUUACUGGCUGUGAGUAAGCAUUACAUAGUGGGGCUCUUCUAAGCCAAUGUGUAUUGUUAGUGGUAUAAUAAAUAAAUAAAAAGAAAUGGGCUUGUUGCAAGCCUUUUAUUAGUUUUGGUUGUAAGGGGAGAUACCCAUCAUUAACUGAACUGUUGUAAGCCUUUUUUUGUUGGCUGUGAACUGAUAAGGCAUGAGAGUUACGUUGGAGUGUGUAUUGUGGAAUCUAUUGUAUUACUACUACUAUGUGAUUGAUGGAGAAAUGAAGAUGAAAAGAUGGUCGGGACAAUGCUGCAAGGUGUUAAUCCUUAUGAUUCCUUUCAUUUUGUUUCAUUUUCUUAACUGUAGACAUUGUCAUUUGUUUAACCCUCAAAUUCCAUUUCUGUGUGGGGCUUUUUUUUUUUUUGUCAGACUAGGCCAGCAAAGUGGGAAAAUCGUAUGUGUAUGUUCGCCUUUGUAUUAGAAACCAGAGUUACUCUCCUUGUCCAAGGAAACGAUUCAGUGACCAAUUUAUUGUAGACCAUUCAUAUCUAGUAUGUCUAUAUCUUCACUUCCCGUGUGGACAUAGGCAACCAAGGCGCUCAAACCUCUCUCGGUACCAGACCAUCAGCAUUGACAAUGGACUUGGUUUACAAUGUACAAAGUCAGCUAGAGCGUCCCGCUUUCAUCACUAACAAAUAGAACGCAAAUCAAAAAGGAUAGUACAAGAUCUUGUACAUGUAACUCUUUGAACUGUUGAUCAGAAUGUUUGAUUUACUUGAUGACCUGGGCUCUAUAACCUUUUGAACUUAAUGUUUAAGAAAUACUGUUUAUGUGAAUUGCUAAUUCUGACAUUGCUACCUGAAGAACUCUGUGUAGACACAAAGAUAAACGCUGAAAUGAUUUUUUUAUAUGGAAACCUCAUUUAGCAAGUAAUAAAAAUAGAUCUUGCUAGAUGGCUGUUACUUUACUUGUUGCUAUGGACGCUGAGAUUAACGCAAAUCAAUUUUAGUUCAUAAAGAUCUUUAGAAAAAUUUAAAAGAGCUGGCCUGCUGUUAGAAAGUUGUGUGUAGACUGCAAAGGAAAAAAGUCAUUGUUUUCAAUUUUUGUUUAGAUCAGUUUCUCAAUUUCUUUAGAUAACCACGGUUCAACUCUAGAAACUUGUGCAAUCAGUGAAAUCUUUAAACGUGCAGAUGUCAACAUUUUUCGAAAUUGUUUUGGCUUUCUUUGGCUCCACGAAGCCAUGAACAGCAUUGGUUACUCAUUGGCUUGUAUUGCCUGUCAACGCCAUUCUCUUUACCCAACAUUGACUCCUUAAGUUGAGUGUUUAAUUAUCACAUUGUAAAGAGAUAACAUCAAAGUUCAACUAACCCAAGCCGCAUCUAGCAUUUAAACACUUGACCAAUAAAACUCUGAUUGAUAGAGCUAGAGCAAGCAUUUUUUUUCGUUGUUCAUCUUGUUAUGAUCAAUGUUAUGUUGUUUGAUAUAAAUUCUUGUGUCUGGACUUAAAUUAUUUUUGUAUCAAUAUAUUUAUUGAAAUAAUCUUUCCAUGUUUUAUAAAUAAAUAUAUUUUCUUUUAUAUUAUAAAAAUAUAUAAAUAUCUACUUUAAAUAAUGUAACUUUUUGUGUAUUAAGGUUUCGUGCUAAUUAAUCCUAAUGUCUUUCGUAUAUUUUGACUUGUGGACAAUGUUUCUAGUAUUUGGUUUCCUAAGUCUUCAUUUAACAAGUGAAAGUAUUUUUAAUUACAUUGUCACUUCCUAGAAAACACCACAAUAUGAAUGCUACAUUAGAAAUCACCACAAACAGUAAACAUUCACAAUGUUUUGAAUCUGCAAUGCAAGGCAUAUUCAUCAGUUUCAUUUGUUCAACCAAUCAGAUAGUUCGUUACAUGAAACGUUGGUCCAAGCAUCAUAGUUCAUAAUGGUGCUGUAGCAAGGGGUGAAGGUUACGUCUGCUGUCAUUUACAUCUUGGUUGUACCUGCUGGUGGGGAGGAAACUCCGUAUACCAAUAUCAUUUUUAGCGCCAUCUAAACCAUGGGUUCUCAGCUUUUUGGACUCAGUAUGCCAGUUUCUAUCCCAUUCUUUUGAUAACUGCUUAAAAAAAGUGAAGUGGGUAUCUCGAGGGGGGUCGAGUUUACAAAGUAGAGAACCACUCAUCUCAUGCAUUAUGAUAGAUGCACAAAGAUGUGAUGUAUGUGUCAUAGAUUAUUAACAUCCAGUUUGAGAACUGCUGUCUCGAGUAUUUAUACCAUGCAGCAGUUUCUCCAUCUAAAACAUCAUUCCUCACAUUUGAUUCAUCAAGAAACAUCCCAAAAAAAAAACGUGUAUACAUUGAUACAAAAUAUUUUCUUAUUUUCUUACCAAAAUAUUUGCUAUGAUAAGAAAAACAAAUUGUCUGUAUUUCUGUCUAUGUCGUCAGUGUGUCUCUGUUUUACUUCUGGCUAAGGAAUACAAGAAAUAAAGUGAGUCUGUUGAACUACA